AUGACGGGGAAAGCCGGGGAAGCGCUGAGCAAGCCCAAAGCCGAGACAGUGGCCAAGAGUACCUCGGGGGGCGCCCCGGGCAGGUGCACCGGGUUUGGCAUCCAGGAGAUCCUGGGCUUGAACAAGGAGCCCCCCAGCUCCCACCCGCGGGCUCCCCUCGACGGUCUGGCCCCCGGGCACUUGCUGGCUGCGCGCUCCGUGCUCAGUCCCGCAGGAGUGGGCGGUAUGGGGCUACUGGGGCCCGGGGGGCUCCCCGGUUUCUAUGCACAGCCCACCUUCCUGGAAGUGCUGUCCGACCCGCAGAGCGUCCACUUGCAGCCGCUGGGCAGAGCGUCGGGGCCGCUGGACACCAGCCAGACGGCCAGCUCGGAUUCUGAAGAUGUUUCCUCCAGCGACCGAAAAAUGUCCAAAUCGGCUUUAAAUCAGACCAAGAAACGGAAGAAGCGGCGACACAGGACAAUCUUUACCUCCUACCAGCUAGAGGAGCUGGAGAAGGCAUUCAAUGAGGCCCACUACCCAGACGUCUAUGCCCGGGAGAUGUUGGCCAUGAAAACGGAGCUCCCGGAAGACAGGAUACAGGUCUGGUUCCAGAACCGAAGAGCCAAGUGGAGGAAGCGAGAGAAGUGCUGGGGCCGGAGCAGCGUCAUGGCGGAGUACGGCCUCUACGGGGCCAUGGUGCGCCACUCCAUCCCCCUGCCGGAGUCCAUCCUCAAGUCCGCCAAGGAUGGCAUCAUGGACUCCUGCGCCCCGUGGCUGCUGGGGAUGCACAAAAAGUCGCUGGAGGCGGCAGCUGAGUCGGGGAGGAAGCCCGAGGCGGAGCGUCAGGCCCUGCCCAAGCUCGACAAGAUAGAGCCGGAGGAGCGGGGUCCCGACGCCCCGGCCGCCAUGUCCCAGGAGGAACUGAGGGAGAACAGCAUCGCCGCGCUCCGAGCCAGAGCGCAGGAGCACAGCACCAAAGUGCUGGGGACUGUGUCCGGGCCCGACAGCCUGGCCCGGAACGGCGAGGAGCCGGAGCGGGAGGAGGCCCCGGACGAAGACAGGCCAGCGGAGAAGCUGAGUCCGCCGCAGCUCGAGGACAUGGCGUAG